CCAAGGUCUGGCGUAAAAACAUAGAUCCAUAACCUAAAAACCACAAUAUGCUUCCUUUCAAUGUUCCACAUUUCACAAAACAAAUAAAAUUAUAUAAUUUGCUACACAGUGCCAGUAGAGGAAAGCCACUAGAAACUAAAAACCGUAUAUGACCAUGUCAACUCGACAAAAUAACGCCACUUCAGACUGGAUUUAUAACGACUUAUACAACCCACCUCACUAUAAUUUGCUAAACGUAGAUGAUCCAUCUCUGGUGUUUAAAAAACGUAGCGGUACUACCGACGAAGGCGGCCAAUUUGAAGACCUCUACCUUGCGUAUUUGCUCUUAAAUCUAGUCAAAAAUGAAAAAAUCGAAAAAUUCAACGUCUGGUCGAACCAUCCGGACUUUGGUGCCAUGGACGACGUGGUCUUUGAUGUUAUUUCUAGCGACGAUAAGCUAAACGGAAAAUAUGCGGUACAGCUGAAGUACGCGAACACUGGGGGAAUUUUGACCAAACAAGCACUGACAGCCAAAAAGGGGGAUUUUAGCAUUUUGAAGUAUUUUGAAGAAUAUCGCAAAAAGUCUGAAACUAGCGGCACCUUCCACUUCUUUCUUGUCACGAAUAGGAAGUUUGAUAUCGUUAAAGACGAAAUAACGAUUGAAAAAAGCGACGAAGUUAAAUUCGUCGUCAAAAUAAAGAAAGUAAAGAGCAACAACCACGUCAAGUUUACCGUCAAAGACAGAGGUCCACCCGAGUUUGACGAUUUUUUUAAACACUUCACCCUAAUCACUAACCACGAGUCGGUCGACCAAGUCAAAGACAAAAUCAAAGACAUUUUCAAGUCGCGCUUCAGUUGUCAAGACGAACUCGUUUAUCGGAAGUACACCGAAUUUGUGGAAAAGUGGAGCAAAAAUACCAGUUUGAAAACCACCUUGCACUCAUCUUUCAUAAAACACGCCAUCGCUUUAAUGAUAUUGUCACCAUCAGCAGAAUUCCUACAAUUCGGUGAAAAACCCAUGGACAAAAAGGCCACCUUACUAAGAAAAUCGAUCUCAAAAUUCGACGUUACGUUCCUUUCGGGAAGUGCUUGUCAGGGUGUCAAAAACUUCUGGCACCAUUUGACAACGAGACAGUCGGUAAACACUAGAGAAUACUUGCGGAAAGCAAGACAGUACCAAAUUUUUCGACCAUCUGUGGGAUCGUUUGACGACCUCAACGACGAAGAGUGGACGAAGUUCUUGUGGUUGAUGGGCGAAUGUCCCUUGAUUGUCAAAGACAACGACGCAACUCAAAAAGCUAUUUGUCUUUGUGAAAAAAAGAAGUUCAUUGUGGCAAAUGCCGAGUCGUCUACUGGCUAUUCUACGUUUCGUGUUUUUCGAAGUCUGUUAGAUUUGAAAAAACGCAAUUCGACUUUAUUUAAACGGGUGUCGUCGACGUUUACUUGCUCCAUACAAGGCAAAGCGGCGAUUAAACUGAACGAACUGAUUGAUAAGAAAGGGAAAAUUCUAGAUAUUUUGAACGUGGACAAACUCGUGGAAAUGUUGGACCAUGAACUGUUGCUUGGUAGACCGGAAGAUCUUCCACCUUCACCCAUCUUCAGGUUUCUGUCCAAGAACAUCGUCAAAUACAAGAUUUUCUCUGAAGUUAAUUUACAAGAAACACUAAUCGUGAUCAGUUGUUUAAAUACGACGUACCAGUUGAUAGUCGGGAAUCGAUUGCCUGAUAUUACGUUGAUAACCAUGGACCAGUUUUUGACAGAACAAAACAUAAAACUAGAUCGGUUCGUCGUAGUUUGCGAAAACGACAUAUCAAAAGACGAAUUUUCCAUUUUAUGCGGCAAAGUACCUCGUGGGUGUGUCUGCCACCAUUUGCGCCAUAUUUACUCCACGGGCUUGGAAUGGGUCCGAAGCUCGCCAAAAAUUGAUAACUUGAACAACUUCUUAGAAGACAAAGCGACUUUGUUUAUAGCGGAAUCAAAACUGAUGGAGUGUGAAGACGAAAGUAGUGUCAAUAUCGUGGUCGGUGACCCUGGUAUGGGAAAAACCACGCUUUUGAAAACUCUACAAAACAACAGCCCUCCGUCCAUUUGGAGCAUUCUCAUCUAUGUUAGACGAGAUCAUUCUAGCUACUUUCGCGAAGGAGGUGACACUGGGGACUUUAAAACGUACAUUUUUAACACAAUUGAAGUCCAGAGUGGCAGUUUUGAUUCCAAAGUUGCUGAAGUUCUGGCUGGAGAAGGUCGUGUCAAAUACUUCUGGGAUGGUUUGGAUGAGUUGUCCGACGUGAGUUUUAAGACAGCCAGAAACAUUAUAAACAACUUGUCCAAAGUGGACGGUUCCAAGCACUGGAUUACGUCUAGGUGUCAUCUUCGCCAAAAUCUAGAAACCCACUUUAACGUGUUGUCGAGAACAAUGCGAAAAUUGAGCGACUUUGAACAAAAAAAGUACCUCAGGAAUCGCAUAGAGUGUUCGGAGGAAGAAGUAGAUGAAAUUUUCGCCAAAAUAAAGAACAACAUUCAGUUGUUUCCUCAUAAUGACGUAAUGGGGAUUCCUCUACUACUCUACAUGUUGACCGAACUCGUCCGUAAAGAUCAACGAAAGUACAAAAUUUUGUUAAACAAGGUGUUUUCGAUAGCUGAUUUGUAUAAAUACUUUGUGGAAGAGAAGUUUAACGUGUACUUUAGAGACAAGGAGGGUGUGGGAGACCCGAAAGCACUGAACGAUAUUGUCUAUCAACGCAUCACUGACGAAAAGUAUCAACGAAUCGACUACUACAAGAAGUCGUCUUUGAAGCUAUACUUCGAAGACGACGUUGUCCGAACCUCCACAGAAGUCACAAAAAUCAGAGACCCUAUUGGAUUCAUAAUAAACACUAGUGCUGAGUUUGGUCCAGAAUUCUUCCACAACUCGUUUGGUGAAUACUUUGCUGCCUUGUACCUCGCUGAACAUUGGGAAAAAACGUCACACAUACCAAACUUCACUUUUGACGAAAAAUAUUACAACAUUCGAUUUUUUUUGGAUUUAAUUUUGGCCAAAAACUCUCCAGUGCACAGGGCAGUCCUAUACAGAAACCCGCAUCUGUUGGAAGACUGUCAAAACGACGAGUUUCUCUGCAGAGACGAAAGCGGGAGAAGCGCACUCGAAGUGGCUUGUUCCUGGUGCGAAAACUACCACCCUCUGGAUGUCAAAAACGUUAAAAACAAAUACGUCGUGUCGAAGCCACCUUUUUCCAAAAAAGACCCACCGGUUAAUCGCACCAUACUAGAUUUCUUGAUCACCAAGUAUACUAACGAAGAACUAAAAGAAAUUCUAAACUGUGAUUCUCGUUUUUAUGGUAGCACACGUCUCAAAUUGCUACCCAUAAUUUUGCUAACCAAAGCAACCAACACCAAGACACAGAAAUUCCAAGACAACGUCUUCACCAUUUUGCGUUACUGCAUCUCCUUUGACUACGACGAUUUAAUUGACAUUUGCCAAGAACUACACUCAAUGGAAUCGUUCAGUCAACUGUUAAUACAACAUGGAUCAAGAAACAUAAUCAGCCAACUACGACGAAGCGAAAACUUUGACAGUUUCAAAAGCUACGAUCACGAUUUUGUCAAAGGGGCGUGUUUGCGAAAAGACGAAGUUUUGUUGAGGUUUUUGAUCGACGAAGGAGUUCGUUUGGACACUCUAGAUGAAGACGGUAAAACUCCGAUACAUUACGUUUGCCAAACGAAUAACUGGUCAGGGGUUGUACUUUUGCUCCAGUACGAAGUAAAGUUGUGUUUGGAGGACUACAAGUGCAAAAGUGUCUUACAUCGUGUUUCAAAAGACAACGCAAAUACUGUUGAGUGGUUGAUUGGAGGGGGGGCGCUUGUGAAUUUUAGGGACAAAUUCGGCAAAACGCCUCUGCAUUACGCGUGUAAGUAUGGAUAUUCUUCAGUUGCCAAAAUUUUGGUCGAGAGAGGUGCUAGAACUGACGUGGUCGACAAUCACAGAAAGACGUCUAUAUUUGUUGCCUACUCCAGACGACGAGACGAAACGUUUGAAGCAUUGCUUGAAGUUGCUGGGCCGAUAAAUCUGACAACCAAGUCUGGCGCUUCUAUAAUUCAUGAUGCUUGUGAACGCGGAUUUUAUGCUAUUCUAAAGAUUCUAGUCAAUCAACAUGUCAAUUUGGAUGUCAUAGACAAGUCUGGAGAAAUGCCAAUACACACGGCUUGUCGACAAGGUCACUUUGACAUCGUCAAGCUUUUGAUAGACGCGGGUCAAAGUCUUAACGUCGUCAACAAAUACAAACAACUCCCUAUACAUCUAGCAUCCGAAGAAGGACACUACGCAGUCGUGGAACUCUUGAUUGACAAAGGCAGUCGAAUUAAUGUUGUGGAUAAAUAUCACCAAACUCCGCUUCAGCUCGCUUAUCAAAACAAACACAGUCGAGUCGUGGAGCUUCUAAUUGAUAAAUCGAGUAUAGCAGAUAAGUUUGCCCUCUGUUCGAUACCACCAGAUUACCAGAAAAACUGCAGUGAUGUUGUAAAUUUUGUCAACGAUGUAGAUCAUUGUUUGGACAAAGAGGGCGCAUUUAAACAGAUGCUGCUGCGUCUGGCCUGUGCUAAAGGCCAUCUCGAGGUUGUGCGAUUGUUGAUUGAGAAGGGCGUCGAACUGAAUGCUGUAGACGAAAAUGGCGAAGUGCCUUUGCACGAAGCUUGCCGAAAUAGGCACUAUAAAAUCGUCAAAUUGUUAACUGACAAGGGUGCUAGUUUGUGUGUUGUUAAUAAAUACGGUCUGCAGCCUGUGGAUUAUGCUGGUGGCUUAUUCUUAGGGAAUACUUCACAGUGAAGAAAUGCGUGUUGACAAUGUUAAGUUGUAAAUUUUACUGUACAUAGAUGUAAAUAAAUUUUGUUACUUUUUUUAA